UCGAGUGCUCAGCCGUUUCGACAAUGAUUAAAGAGGAAAUGGGCGCGUCUGUGUUUAUAUGUGGGCUCUCUGAUAAGUGGCCCAGUUCUGCCAGGAAUUUUCCAAAAAACAGAUAGUAGCAUUCCUUGUAAAAAAAAAAUUAAAAAAAAUUAAAGAAGUGAUGGAACGUUGGAGGGGCAGAGUUGCUCUCGUCACCGGAGCCUCGGUUGGAAUCGGGGCGGCCAUUGCUAAAGAGUUGGUCAAAUUCGGUAUGACAGUGGUGGGCUGUGCGAGGGACUUUGAGAAAUUAAAGGCCGUGGCAGCCGAGUGUCGCAGUGAAGGCCACAGUGGCGUUCUGGUGCCGUUCAAGUGCGACCUGACCAGCGAGGAGGAGAUUGCUUCCAUGUUCUCGGCUAUCAAAGCCCAGCAUGAGGGUGUGGAUGUGUGCAUCAACAACGCAGGCACAGUUCAUCCUGAACCCCUGCUGAGUGGCAGAACCACCGGCUGGAAGAACAUGUUGGACGUGAACGUCCUCGCCUUGUCCAUUUGCUCAAAAGAGGCUUAUCAGUCCAUGAAGGACAGAAAUGUUGACGACGGGCAUAUUAUCAACAUAAACGGCAUGUCCGGUCAUCAUAUUCUCAGCAAUCCCGAUUUGCACUUCUACUGCGCCACCAAGUUUGCAGUGACGGCGCUGACGGAGGCUCUGAGGCGUGAGCUGCGUGAGGCCAACUCCCACAUCCGUACCUCGUGCAUUUCCCCUGGCCGUGUCGAGACUGAAUUUGUUCUUCGCCUCUACAGUGGCGACACUGAAAAAACGUCCGGCAAAUACAAGCCGCUGGACACCAAAGAUGUUGCUGAUGCUGUCACUUACGUCCUCAGUGCCCCUCCGCAUGUGCAGGUUGGUGAUGUCCAGAUGAGACCCGUGGAGCAGUCAUUGUAGAAGCAAUUCUAAAACUAAUGUUGCUAACGCUCUCUUAUCAUGCGUUUUUUUCUUGCUAUCUUUUGUAAAGGAUGGUUGCACUCUGAAAGGUACACCUAGUCAUCGUUAAUCAUCUACAAUACAUUUGGUACAGCAUAAAAUUUACAAUUAUACAAAAAAAGAAUAAGCAAUAAAACG